AUGUCCGCCACCACCACCCCGACCUCUACCACGACGGAACUCAAGUUCCACCCCGACUUUACCCCGCCGGUGAACAGCAUCAUCCUCCAGGCCAACGAUGACACAUGCUUCUGGUUCGACUUCGACAUGCUGAAGAGCUGCUCAUCCUUCUUCCGCGACCUCGGCGAGAUGCCACUCCACACCUCUGCGGAAGAAGACAAUGCCAAGGACAAAGUCAUUCCUCUUCCAACAGCAACGGGAGACGGCCUUGCACUCGCGCUCAACCUCGUCCGCGGGCACAAGCAGCCGUUCCAACGGUCUCCCAUCCCCUGGCCGUCCAGUGACACCAUCGACAACCUUGUUGAGAUUUGUCGGGCAUACGACAUGCCAAUGCUUCGAGCGGCUGGUUGUCGCUUCAAGUGGGUUGACAGGUGA